AGGACAUCAAUUUGUUCCUCCGUUAUAGAAAACUUCGAGCUCACAGUUUCAUAAAACUCACACAGACCAAAUUCCAUGGCUUCUCUCUCAUGUUUCAAUACACCCAUCUCGGGAACCUCACAAGUUCCGCUAAAACUCGGUGAUCAAUCACCAAACCCACAUGUUACUUCUCGAAAUCUUUCAUUUUGGAGGCUUGGGUCUCGAUUUUGUCAACCUGGAUUUGUUGAAAGUUAUCUGAGACGAUCAAAUGUUCUCAAAAAUUCCAAUCAAGUUGAAGCUUCUAUUAAUUGUACUCAAAUAUCAGAUGUUCCUCUUCUUUCUUGCUCAGAGGCUAUUGAAAGGCUGAGGACAAUUCGAGAAAGUUACAAAAGCAAGCAGCAAUAUUUGGCUAUGUACUCUAGCAUUUUUGGCGGUAUCACAACCGAUCCUGCAGCCAUGGUGAUCCCCAUGGAUGACCACAUGGUCCAUAGAGGACACGGAGUUUUUGAUACUGCAGCAAUAAUGGAUGGAUAUCUCUACGAGCUGGACCAACACCUAGAUCGCUUCCUAAGGUCAGCCAUCAUGGCCAAAAUCAAACCCCCAUUUGAUAGGGAAACCAUAAGAAGAAUACUCAUACAAACUGUGAGUGCUUCCAAGUGCAGAAAAGGAUCCCUAAGAUACUGGCUUUCAGCAGGACCUGGUGACUUCCAACUUUCUCCAGCUGGAUGUCAUCAAUCAGCUCUUUACGCCAUUGUAAUCCAAGAUCAAUCACCAUCUGAUCACAAGGGCAUCAAAGUAGUUACUACAUUGAUCCCAAUAAAGCCCCCACAAUUUGCUAUCAUGAAAAGUGUAAAUUACCUUCCAAAUGCACUUACAAAGAUGGAGGCUGAAGAAAAUGGUGGGUAUGCAGCAAUUUGGUUAGAUAAUGAUGGGUUUAUUGCUGAAGGCCCUAACAUGAAUGUGGCUUUUGUGACUAAGGAAAAGGAACUUCUGAUGCCUCGUUUUGACAAAAUCCUUAGUGGCUGCACAGCUAGUAGAGUUUUGGUCCUCGCAGAAAGCCUGGUGAGCGAAGGAAAGCUGCAGGGGAUAAGAGUAGGAGAUGUGACUCUGGAAGAAGGCAAAAGAGCAGAUGAGAUGAUGCUAAUAGGAAGUGGUGUUCUUGUCCGUUCUGUAUUGCAGUGGGAUGAACAGAUUAUUGGUGACGGCAAAGAAGGUCCUGUGUCUGAAGCUCUCCUAAAUCUUGUCAUGGAGGACAUGAAAUCUGGACCAUCGACUGUCCGAGUUCCUGUUCCUUAUUAAGCAGCCAGUAGCUUUCUACAUCUCCGUGUGGUGAGAGGAAUUUAUUAUACUGGUACAAAGUUGACAUGGUACUACUCAAUGCUUGCAUGCCAUGAAGUUGAACCCGGUUCUAUCCAACAAAACAUUCUGUAAGUCGAGCCAAUUAUUUGUAACAAAAUUAAAAAUUCGAGUAUUUUUGUGUUUCUAUCAACCAUCUCUACAGGGUAAGAAUAAUAAACUUCUGUGGUGACAAAAUAUACUCAUCUGUGUGCAACAACUAGUUAAAAUGAAUCUCUGGCAUCAAUGGAAC